CCUUUCCAUCUGAAACUGCCAGGGAAAGGCUCGGGAGGACCAAGAUUAGGCCUUCGGGUUUUUUCCCCCCUUCCUCUCUCUCUCUUUCUCUCUAUAGUAUAGGGACAGGGAAAGGGAGCGCAAUCCCCAACCAUAGAGUGCGAACUGGAGGAAGGGGAAGGCUUCUAUAGCGGCUGUCUUGCGUGGCCCGAGACGCAGCCCCGCCUCUUCCUGUCGAAAUCGUGCUAGAUAGUCCGGCGAAGCGUGGAGAUGGAAAGCGCUGGCGAAGAGCGGCUGCCUCCGACGGAGAUGGAACCUCAGACUCACCAAGAAGGCUUCACGGAAUUCUUCAAGCGGAAGAGGCGCCGGGAGCCCGAGAUGGACACGAACGAGAGCCCAAUGCCUCUGAAGCGGCCGGAUUUCCCCCCUCUUAGCGGGGCAGCCCUUGCCUUUGGAAAAGAUGAACUGAGAAAAAUUCCUGUACCAGCAAAUAGAUAUACUCCUUUGAAAGAGAAUUGGAUGAAAAUUUUUACACCAAUUGUAGAACAUUUGCAGCUUCAAAUUAGAUUUAACUUAAAAACAAGGAAUGUCGAGAUAAAGACUUGUAAAGAAACAAAAGACAUAGGUGCUUUGACAAAAGCAGCUGAUUUUGUAAAAGCUUUUAUACUAGGAUUUCAAGUUGAGGAUGCGCUUGCAUUAAUCAGAUUAGAUGAGCUUUUUCUAGAAUCAUUUGAAGUAACAGAUGUCAAACCUUUAAAAGGAGAUCAUCUUUCAAGAGCAAUAGGAAGAAUUGCUGGGAAAGGCGGAAAAACCAAAUUUACUAUUGAAAAUGUAACAAGGACGCGAAUAGUUCUUGCAGAUACGAAAGUUCAUAUUUUAGGAUCUUUCCAGAACAUUAAAAUGGCACGGACAGCCAUUUGCAAUCUCAUUCUAGGAAGUCCUCCAUCUAAAGUUUAUGGCAAUAUUAGAGCAGUAGCAAGCAGAGCAGCAGAAAGAUUUUAAGACCAUGGUUUUUGAAGUCACACGCUUCUACACAAGAUACUGGAAAACACUUGAAGGAAGCAAUGUCAAAAUACUAAUUACAAGAAAGUGUGCUUUUCUUUAAAACCCAAAAGAAACAUUGUGUUUCAGAAGCUCUGCUAGACUAUUUCAAGUGGGUGGCAUUUCAGCCACACCAAAAUUUGGAGUAUUUUGAUUGUCCAGUUUGGGCUGAAACAAAAUCCAAGAUUUUAAGGGUGAGUUGAGCAAGGCUGGGCCUCUUUUUUCCCUCCUGGCUUGUGGCAGGCUACCUGUAUUUUCCCAAUGUCUCCCUUGCCCUACUUCCCACUAGCUACUGCCACAUCCAGUGGAAAUACCCACCUGAACUGCUCAUUCCUGAUAUUUGCAUUUUUUUUGUUUCCGGUUGCCACCAAUAUCCUUGGGUUUUCCACUUUCUCCCAUGCCCCAAAUCACUUCUUUCUGAAUUAAUUCAUACCUAGGCCACUCAAAACUAGCAGUUUCAUGCAUGGAAUAUUUUUCAUAUCCCUAGUAAACUGAUAGCAAUUUUUAGUUCCAACAUGACUGGUAUAUAGUCAUAUGUCAUAUAGUCUAUAUGGUAUAUAGAAUUGCUACAGCAAUGUUCUCAAGCAAGUAUCUGUUAUCAAACGUUCUAAAUGAAGUUAUGUCCAAUAAAAACUGGUACUUGAAUUUCCUUCUAGCUAACACAGUAUGUCAGUUUUUGAAUUGAAUGGAUACAAGGUUAACUGAAUACAGCAGCAGCUAUGGAUAGUAUGCUGAGAGUCACUAUUGGAUACAUUGUACUUACCAGAAAUUCCCAACUCUUAAAAUAUUAAGAUAUUAAAUGUAACAGAUUGCUGGGGAAAGGGCUGUUCUAAAAAAGCAGAAUGGGGCUGCUCAUUGUAUUUAGCAGACAAAUAUAUUUAUGGUUAAAGUCUACUAAACUAGCAAACAAGGAUAUAACUAUAUACAGAUGUUAAAAUGAGUUGAUCAAAUGUUUCCGAUCACAGAUGUUUUUCCCUCUUAUUGAGGAACUUUUCAGAUGAAGUGGGGAGGAAGCUGUUACAAUGUUGAUACCCUCCCUUCCUCGAAGAAGAGAGAAAUAAGAUUUUUUUUCAAUAUUGUGUCAUUACAGAGGAAGAUAUACAGAUCCUCGUUAGUUGCUUUUGCAUUAGGGCCAUCUGCCUUUAUUUUAUUGUUGUUUUAAUGUAUGGCACAUGUUAGCCAGGGAUCACCAAGGUGGCUGGCUGCCUCUGCGAAAGGAACAUUUUCAGGUGGUAUUAUCUUUACCCGUGGGAUGCCUGAAUGCAGGUAGGCAAUCGGGGGAAGCACCUUUCUUGUCCCUACACAGUUUGUUCGCUCACGGGAACUGAGCCACCAACCUCAGUGGUGUGCAAGCCCAGCAUCUUACGUGAGCCACUGCAGCCCCAACCUGCCUUUAUAAUUCUACAGCAUAGACAGAAUGCAAACUAAACUUGAGAUGGCACCAAAGAAAUUAAAGCAAAAAUGGAGGGGAGUGGAACCUUACACCUUCAAAUUAGUCUUGACUCCUGACAAUUGCCUGAACGAGUCUGCUGUUUUAUUGGCAGACAUUUUGGGAAGUAGCUUUACUCUUCUGGAAGAGUUGUGGAAUUGACCCAGAGUUACCUACCUGCCUUUCUAUCUAAAGCAGGACUAAAACUCAGUCUCUGCCUACCACUAUACCAAACUGGCUCUCAGGACAUAAAUAUGUAUCCAUUAUAAAAAAAACUUUGCAGAACCUCUUCACGUUAAUGCUUAAUUUUUAGUAAUUUGGCAUCAAAGCAUUUCUGGAUCACAGCCAAUUUUGUAUUAUUUCAUGGCCCAAGUGUGUAGACAAUUUACAGCAGCUUUUGGAAUAACUUUUUUUUGAUGCAAGAUUCUGCAAAAAGCUAACAAAAGAUGUCCUACCUCAUGAAUGCAGAUGCUAAUAAGGGCUUGCUAACAGCAAACUAAAGAUCCUUUCAUAGUGAAAAUUAUAAUUUUAGUACCAUAAAUGAGUCCUUAAACUACUUUGUAAAUUCCCAGUGGCUUAGUCAUGCUUAAUGCCAAUUUGCAAAUCAGACUGAUGAGUAUUUGACUUACAUAUUGUAUAUAUGGUGUCAAUUCUUAGUUACAACCCCUCAUGUUUUGUAAUAGCUUCAGAAAUACUACAGGAAAAACCCAGUUUUCAGAUUCAAGGGGACUUUUUUAAAUUAUACACGAGGCUCUUUCGAUCUAAGAUACUGUUUUUAAAAGGUAUAAGAUUCUGUGUUGAAGUAGACAUGGACAAGUACAUGUAUUCAAUUCUGAAUUCAUUAUUCCCUGAUGUUUACCAGUAGAUAUCUUUCAGAUGGGACUUUUCCUUAUAUGUGCAAUGAGUCAAGAUUGCAAAAUUAGAAAAAAUGCUAUGCUUAAAAUAAAAUUGGUGUUACCAUGAAACUAAGAAUAAAACUGACCAAAUAAAAGUUUUUCCCAUUAA